AUGGCGCUACUGGCAAUAGAGUCGGCCGCAGAGUAUGAUGAAGUUGUUACAGGUUGGGAGUUUCACUCUCAUAAGCCUUACGCCUCGCCAACUCUGAAGAACAACGACGAAAUCAGAAUUCCGAUAAGUCAACAGGAUAUAAUUACGGCACUGUUCGAAAGCAGUAUACACAUCACUGGUAAAGUGAGUGCCAAAAAAGCUGACGGGAGUGAGGCCAGUAACUCACUAAUAAACAAUGCCAUCGCAUUUUUAUUCGACGAUGUAAGGUACGAGAUAGGCGGAAUAGAGGUUGACAGGACGAAAAAUGUAGGUAUAACGACUACUAUAAAAGGACUACUCUCCAUUAGGGAUGAAGAGCAAAAGUGUCUCGUAAACGCGUGCUGGCUCGGUCCCAAUACGACCAGUGAGGCCGGUGAAUUUACGUAUUCAGUGCCUCUGAAACUUUUGAUGGGUUUUGCCGAGGAUUACAAGAGAAUUGUUGCGAAUGCUAAGCAAGAGCUUGUUCUGUUGCGGUCGGCUACUGAUAUUAACGCCGUUAUCUCACCGGACGCGUCAAACCUCGACUUUCUGAUUACAUCGCUCGAGUGGCGUAGCUGGACAAUAAAAACGAGUUCGCAAAUUGAAAAGCCUCGGUACGUGGUGCUGGCCUUUCAGACCGGUAGAAAGAACGACCUAAGAAAGGACGCCUCUACUUUUGACCGUUGUGUUACGGAUGUUAAACUUCAUCUGAAUUCACAGUACUAUCCCUACGACAAUGUCCACGGCGAUCUCUGUAUAUUUUACGACAUGUACACACGAUUCCAAAGUUCGUACUAUCAAAAACCAGGGUCUCCGCUGGUUGACUUUAAAACAUUCACGUCUCAUGUGCCUCUGUACGUGAUUGAUUGUUCCAAGCAGAACGAUUCGAUCAAGUCGGGACCUGUAGAUGUUAGGUUGGAAUUUGAAGCUAAGGAGAAUUUCCCGCCAAACACAGCUGCAUACUGUCUCCUACUGCAUGACUCCCACAUAGCGUACACAGUGCUCACCGGUUCGGUACAACGUAUAAUGUAG